AUGAUGCUGCAACAGGUGGCCAAAAGUCAGGGGCAGAAGGUGGCCCAGCAACAAAUUAAGAAGCAAGUCCAGAAGAAGGUCCAGGAGAAGAUUAAAGAGAAGGUUCAAGAAAAAGUGGAGGAAAAAGUGAGAGAAAAAAUUCUCGAAGAAGUGGCGAAACAGACAAAGAAACAAGUUGAUCAGUUUAAGUUAGAAGGAAGACAUCUCGAUACUGCAGAACCUAAGGAGAAACCUAAGAAGAGACAGAAAAAGGUGAACAUUCCUAAACCGAAACCGGCCAUUCCGGGAAAAGCACAAUAUGAUAUGGCGAUGAGCGUUAAGAAACAAGUGGACGUGGAUAUGGACCGUGUGCAAGAACUCUUGGCACAAAAGAGGCUGGAAGAAGAUAAUCCCAAACUCAAAAAGAAGCACAAAAGGAUGAACAAAAAGCGAACGAGAAUGGAAAAAAAAAGAAAAAAGAGACAAAUGCUGACGGGGGGAGGCCCACCGAUCGAUGUUAAAAUGUUGCUUGAACUGGAGGACAUGGAAGAAGAGGUGGCUGAAGACUUGUUUCAACAAGAAAAGCGAAAGGCCCUUCAGUCAACGGAAGAUGAGACCUCCGAAGACAUUGAUGAUGGAGCCGGAGGUAAGAAGAAGUUGAGAGACGGGGAAAAGCCCACCCCUCUCCGUUCUGCUCUUUUCUCCCUCAUUCUGAGCGUGCGCAACUUCUACCACUACCUCGGGACGUUUCUUCCAUGUUUCAUGUCAGGCACGUACGCCAAUAAGAUCACAAAGAGUGUGAUGGGCUUCUUGGUUGGGCUGGUACUGGUGUUCUUCUUUUACUUCGUCUUUGUGUUUGGUUUGAAGCAAGACCCAAGCAAUGCUGCCUUCACUGCCACGUGCAUCGGACCCGUCAUUUGCUUCGGCAUGGCCUUUUCACGCCAGUUCAGUUGUAUGAUGCUGCUCAUGAUCCCGCAACUUUUUUCAGGUAAGGGGAGGACCAUCCUAAUGGCAUACGUCUUCCUGUUGGUAAUUACCGGUCCAUUGGAGAAUCUCACCCACAAUAUCGACGUAGCCGGACAGAGUCAAGUCUGUGGCAUCGAACUAGCGCUGAACCAGUCAAAUACCGUGUUUCAAUUGGCCACUGCCCCAUUGGCUCCAUUCAUGGACGGUUUCAAAUCACUGUUUGGUAAACUCAACUCUCUCUUAAGCAGGGUUAAAUCUGGAUUUAAUGUCAUGACACGAGCAACGAGGGCCACAGGCAAUGCCAUUCAGUUAGUAUACGACUGGAUUGCAGGGAUUGUCACCAGAUGCAACUACUUUAUGAUGCGUCCUGCCGAAAAGUGUAGAGAUUUGCUUACAGUAGUAGCAGCUAAAUGUCGCAGGAAACUCGGCAUUUUUCAAUUUUUGUGCAAAAUUGUAGAUAUAGCUAAGAACGUUUGUUCAGUUGCUGAAGUGCUUGACCUUCUAUGCGAACUUCCAAGAAUGAUGGGGACAGCGAUAAAAAAAUGUGGUGAUGGUAAGAAAGAGACUGUUGUAGCAGCUUUUAAUAAAGUCCAACAGAAGCUGUAUGUAAAACUCUCUGUCAGCCACGACUUGACAUUUGACGCCGAAUUCUCCACAACCCUCAAGCAGAUCCGAGACAACAUGCGUGGGGAGGUGGAGGACCGAUUGAGGACAUUCACUUUGGUUCUUAACUGGCUCAACCGUGUACUCUCCUUUACGUUCCUUUUGCUCCUAUUCAGGGCCUACAGGUACCAUCACAGGUACCUCACAAAAGAUAAACAUGACAACUGGUACAUCACAGAGCACUUUGAAGAAGUUGAUGAGAUCCGAGUAAAUAUGGGAAAGAGUGGUCUCCUACCGUUGAACCUAAAAGAAAGGUGGACGUUCAUCAAACCUGAUUCCAUCAGGCUGGCCAAACCGGAAAAGCGGAGGUUCCUUUUGAGUAUAACAUUGUGGAUUACUGAAGUAUGCUAUGCCACAAUGGUCAUCGUUUCGGACUACGCUGCUUACUGGUUUCUGGACAUGGUGCGUCUUCACAGUGAAAUCAAUGUCUUUGCCAAUUCUCCUGGUGCUGUGACCAUCCACGUUGAAGGACAAGGCAUAUUGGCAGAUAUAUACCGAGCUCUAGUUGAAUCUUUAGAUCCACAAUACAUCCAUGAUAUUGAAUUUGACACCACCAAGUGCCUGCCACAAGCUACGCUACCUGACACAGAGCUGGUUUACAUGAUAACUGCCAUAUUUAUUGUGUGUCUGUUUAUGGUGAUAUUUGAGGCGUAUGGACUACGCCUGCGUCGAUACAUCAUGUCCAAACAUUACCCGGAGAGGGAGCGAGUGCGAGCAGUCUGGUUGUACAACCACAUUCUUCGACGACGUGGAGGCUUCAAAAAGUUCCUCUCCAAAAAUAAGAAAAAAGAUGGACAAGGUGAUGCAGACGAUGGUGUGAAUUUCUUCAGCCAACUCGCAUCAAGAUCCAAAAUCGCUGCCAUGUUACUCAAAGUGGUCGGGUGUAAAUGGAAGUUCUGCUCCAACUGCGGGGUGCCAGGCAAAUUCUCAGACAGGGUCGGUUUCGUGCUUUGUGACAACUUCAAAUGCCCUGGAAUUUACUGUCUUCAGUGUGUUUCGGCUAUUAAUAACUUGUGUCAUCUAUGCAGCCAACCAGUGGACUGCUCUUUGAUAAAGGACGAUUUCGAUUUUGAAUUGGGCUCCAGUGAUGACGACUCUUCCACCAAGGACGAUGAAGAGAAACUUCUUCUGCCUGUCAGCGAUCGCUCAGAGGUCUUAGACUACUCUUAUCAAUACAAGAUUCCACAAGACCAAGAUGAUGAAGAAGAAGAAGAAAGUGUUGAUGAAAGUAGCGACGAGGAAGACGGUGGUGGUGCCAUGUGGGGGAAGAAGGAAAAAACAUCCCACAAGAAUGCAACUGGGCCACGCUUAUGAAUUGGCCACGCUUAUGAGCGCCACAGUAAACCAAUCCAAAUUUAAAUCCCCCAAAAAAUUCUGAGAAGACUACAGGCCUGGAAAUUGCAUCUUUGAAGGGCAAGGCCAUUAUCAUUUUUGCAAAGGGCACUUCUACCAUUGGAAAACUUAAAGUCAAUCAAUUGGGGAAGUUUUGAAGGGGCACCAAGACCAAAACCAGGGGCAACGGAGGCAAUGGCCUCUAUGGCCUGCGUGUAAUGCCAUAGCCUGGACUACCCACAUCAGUCCCCAGUGCCAAGAAAUGACAUUGGACAGAUGUGGAAUUCCUGGACGGUAGUCUGCAGGGACUGGUCCCUCUUCUUUUAGACCAAGAACCUCUUAAAUGAUACAACCAAGAUGUUUACAGACUCCGUGCAAAACCAGAAAUACAAAACUACAGGUCUAGAUACAAUGUGGAUUUAUUUUCUGUUAUCUUGUACAAGAGUCCCAUGUUUAGUCUAUCAAGCAGAGACAUUGGUAUGUUCCGACAGCAUACCAAGUUAGACCCAAACUAGUUUAAC